AUGCCUCUUCCUGGAGCUUCCGGAUCAGACCUCUCUGAGCUCGCAACCCACCUCCUCAAACAAGGCCCCAACAAGGUCCUCCCCACGCCUCGCCGCAUCCGCAUCGUCUUCAACCACGUCGUCAUCGUCGACACCACCAGCGCCGCCCUCGUCUGGGAACACGAUUACUACCCUCAUUACUACGUCCCCGAAUCCGAAAUCAAGAACGCAACCCUCAAAGAUGUCCAGCCCGUCAAAGGCGAGGCCGAUGCCUCAGCACGAGUUGCCGUCGCCGAACUCACCGUCGCCGGGAAAGACGGCAUCCCUACGAAGACGACGAACCGGGUGGUGAGAUUCGACAGCAGCUGGGGAGAACUCGCAGGGCUGGUGAGGAUAGAGUUUGCAGCAGCGGACACCUGGCUCGAAGAAGACCUCCCCAUCUACGGCCACCCCAAAGACCCCUUCAAGCGCAUCGACAUCCUCCCCUCCACCCGCCCCAUCGAGGUCCGCAUCGCCGGCAAGACCGUCGCAAAGGCCUCCUUCGCGAACCACCUCCACGAGACCGGCCUCCGGGUCCGCUACUACCUGCCCCUCGGCGCCGUCGAUCCCGCCAUCCUCCGCCCCAGCACAACUACCACUUACUGCCCCUACAAGGGAACCGCCGAGUACUACGACGUUGUUCUUGAUGGAAAGGAGUACAAGGACAUUAUUUGGUAUUAUAAGUCGACUCUUCAUGAGAGUGCGGCUAUUGCUGGACUCGUAUCGUUUUAUAAUGAAAAGGUGGAAAUCUUUUUGGAUGGCAAGAAGGUGGAGUAA